AUAAUAUUAAGCCUACCCUGCGGCCCAAAGCUCGAAACCAUAAGCCCUCUAAUUUGCCUCUUCCGCCUAAACACGCCAAACGGCCAAAACAAAGAACGCAGUUAAGCACUUCACAAGUUAACAGUACGCAGCCAACGCAGAGAGCAAGAGACACGCAGUUACGCAGCACGGCAGCAGUGGCGAAGUGCGAUUCGCAGCAGCCGAAUCCCGGACCCUGGAGCAGCAGUCAGCAGAGUAGGCCAUUCGGAUUUCGGACAUUCGCCAGGUCACGAGUCCUGUUUCUGCCACCGGGCGUAGGAAACUAGCCAAGCUGCUGCCGGCCAGAUUCCAAUUUCCAGAAGCGAGGGCCAAAGGAUAGCUUCUCGCCGGCGAAUUCUUUCUUCGUUCAUUGUGUUUUAGACUAUCAGCCGUUUGAGGUUUAGUAAUUGAGAGAAUUUUUUCGAGCCUAUCGAGUAUCCGAACCAAGCUUCGAACACAUAUCGAACCGAGCUCGAGCCUAAUAAACAGAGCUCGCCGAGCUUCGAGCACGAACUCGAGCACUAUCAAAACACUAUCGAACCGAACUCGAGCCUAUGGUGUUCGGGCUCGGCUCGGUUCGUUAACAACCCUAGCUCCAGUCUGGCAUAUUCCAUAGCUUGCAUCAGAGUCCUAGGUUUGAAGGCCCCGACAAAGUGUUUGAUAGUAGGAUUGAGCCCCCCAAUAAAGCUAUCCAGAAAAAAUUCCUCCGGAUUAUUCCCUGAGAAAUUUUGAAACUCAAUGUUGGGAGAGAAUCCAGGGGGUUUAGCACAAUUACCUAGCAAUGGAAUGAGAAUUUCCAUGUGCAGAUUGGAUGACCUGAGAAGUAAUGUGUAGCGAGGGAGGUUCUUCUCCGUUUUUCUUUUGCAGCAAGGUCAACAAGGCAUCCAAUUUCAGAUUUGUUUCUUCAAAUUUCUUCUCAUUCAGCAGAUGUUGUUCCUCCAACCGUUGUUCUAUACCCUGUACUUUUUCUUCCAUCAAAGCUGAUAACGACGCCACAGUAGCUUUCUUCGCUAGGAUUUGCGUAUGAUCUUUAUUGGAUUAAGAUCGGUGAUGACUGAAUCUAUAAUUCAGAUCUAAAUACCCUCAACCCUUCCUGGCUUUGCAACUCGCAAGUGGCAAGUGUAAGUCGCAGGUCGCCAAGUCCCACUCCUUCCAGUCGCCCAUCGUCUUCAGUCACUCAGAGUCAGUCAUGCCGGUCACUGCCCUAAUCCUCCACCAAUGCUGUGCAGCAUUCCGCUUUCCGCUUUCUAAUCCUCCGCAGUGCCGCUACUGGCUAGGCCUUUAGAGUUCAGACUUCAGCAAACAUAUUGAAAGAAUCGCAUAUCAGGUGUGGGACCUGGUAAGGUGUAAGAGUGUAAAAUGCUCCAAAUCACUUCUCCCAAUCACCUAGUGUGUUAUUUCGUGGACAACGGAAUCAGCACUGUCCAUAAGAACAGUCAGAGGAAAACAAAAUUGUUAUGCUCAAAUCCAUGCUCACCCAAAGUUUAUUUUCCUCGACGAAUUCAGAUUCUUAAGAAUACCAGGUCUGCACAACUAAAACGAUGUUAUGUGUUUCCUAAUACUACUGAUGGGCAUAUUUGUGUAUCUGCCUCUACAGAAGAUGACACAGUUGCCAGCUUUCAGUUGAGUAAUGAAUCAGAAACCCUGUUCAGUAAAUGGUCUCCUCCUAGGUAUUUAUGGAGGGGACUAUCCGUACUCAUCAUAGCUGGACAAGUGAUCAUACGGAUAGUAAAGGGUAAAAUCCACUGGAGAAACACCUUGCAACAACUAGAGAGGGUUGGCCCUAAAUCCGUCGGCGUUUGUCUAUUGACCUCAGCUUUUGUCGGCAUGGCCUUCACAAUUCAAUUCGUAAGGGAGUUCACAAGGCUAGGGUUAAACCGGUCUGUGGGUGGGGUCUUGGCCCUAGCCUUUGCAAGAGAACUAAGUCCGGUCGUCACAUCAAUUGUUGUCGCCGGGCGGAUUGGUAGUGCAUUUGCUGCAGAGCUAGGCACGAUGCAGGUCUCUGAGCAAACUGACACACUACGGGUUCUUGGGUCAGACCCAGUUGACUACUUGGUGACCCCACGGGUGAUUGCAUCUUUUAUCGCUUUACCCAUUUUGACCCUGAUGUGUUUUACAGUUGGGAUGGCGUCCAGUGCAGUUCUUUCUGAUGCUGUGUAUGGGAUUAGCGUCAACAUAAUAUUGGACUCUGCCCGAAGGGCGCUUAGGUCAUGGGAUAUUGUUAGUGCAAUGAUUAAGUCUGGGGUUUUUGGUGCGAUCAUAUCCACAGUCAGCUGUGCUUGGGGUGUGACGACACUUGGUGGGGCCAAGGGAGUUGGAGAGUCAACCACUUCAGCUGUCGUCAUAUCUCUUGUCGGUAUUUUCAUUGCUGACUUUGGACUCUCUUGUUGCUUCUUCCAAGGAGCCGGGGACUCUUUGAAGAGCUGUGUUUGAUGUUCUUUUUUUCAAAUUUUGAUAACCUUCUUUGGCGUCUUUUCUGAAGAAUGAAAAGAUAGUUGACUUGGUUUUGAGCUUUUGCCGUUGUAGGUAUGAGACAUGGUGCUGAACUGCUGAUCCAUAGACAUUGUAUAUUCAAUUUCACUUGUGAAUUUAAAUGUUUUAAGGGCUCUGAGGGGUCUCGUUAGCAUGCGGACUCAAGUAAAAAAGGUAGCUGAAAAUUUCAAUAUACUGUGAAAGUUGACGUUAUUGGCUACCAGUUGGAACUUGAAAUAUGUACUAUGUAAUUGGUAAGGAGGAAUUUGACUUUGCACCCCACUUUUUGGGUGAUAUUGAACUUUGCAUCCCAUUUUGAAAAAGCUUUGAUUUUGCACCCCAUUUAACUUAAAAUUCCUUUAACUUUGCACCCUAUUUAGAAAUUUUUCUUCACAAAAUGGUAUGUGUUGGGGUGCAAAGUCAAAGUUUUUUGAAAAUGGGGUGCAAAGUCCAAUAUCAUCCAAAAAGUGGGAUGCAAAGUCAAAUUUCCCCAAUUGGUAAUAAUAGUAUCUUAUGAAAUCAGUGUAUGCUAUAUACCCAUAGUCAUAAACAAGUAACUCCUAGUUUUCCAACAAUUUUAAAACUCAGUGUGCAUUUGGUAAUAAGAGAUCU